UGAUUUAAUCAUUUUAAUCGAUACAUCAAGACUGGCGUGCUUUAUAAAUUUUUAUAAUUUAUACUGAUCUAUAUUCUUAAAAUGAAAUUAACACAAUUAAUAUUUAUAUCAAGCUCGCUAUGAAGCAGGAACAGAAGGAUCUCUUUUGUCAAGCAGCAGUCUUUGAUUGAUUGGCGGACAUGUAAGACCACAUGCCACAGCUUGACGCGACAUUUAUUCGCUUUUAAAAUCAUACAAAAUAGUUUGUAUCCCUCUUACAAUCCCCUCAUCGAUUUUAUUCCACAUUCUCACUUUUCUGCAUUUCUUCAGUCUACAAAUUGAUCUUCAGUCCUCCCCCGGCCCACGUGUCAAAAUUUUGACACAUUCCAAAUUCUCAGCACAUAUGAACUUACACGGCAGCACAUUUCAGCUAUUGAUCGCGAACAGGAUUUUAUUGUAACCACGUUUUUACAUCAAAUCGAAAAAUUAUCAAGUUGUAAAUUGUAAACAUCAAACCUGAUGUCAAGAUUAAUACGAUUUGUUAACCUCCCGUGCGAUUGCUCUAAAUUUUCAGGAAACAAUUAUUUUUACUGAAUCUCUGUUGAAGAAAUCAAUUAAUUUAAUUAAACUAUUUAAAUGUCGUAAUCCGUCAUAUCGUCGCGGCAACUAAACUCUUUAUAUAUUCAAAUUUUGAUAUGGAUGCAGAGCCAACUACCAGUAAUAAGAAAAAUGAAAAAUAUAAUACAAAUAACCAACGUUUGAUAGCUGAAAAUGGCGGUCGUUGUAUGAGCACGCAAGCGAUGCAAUCGCUCUAUGAUUUCCGACAGAAUAAUCUGCUUUGCGACGCAAUAUUGAGAUUAGAAGAUGGUGGUGUCUUCCCGAUUCACCGAGCUAUACUUUCAGCAUGCAGUACUUAUUUCAGGGCAUUAUUUACAACUACAUUGCAUUCUCGUGAGAAAACCGAUGUCCUUUUGCCAGGCGUGACAAGUCCAAUGAUGAAUCUCUUGCUGGAAUAUGCAUAUUUACGAUCCAUUGAUGUAAAUCAAGAAAAUGUAUGUGAAUUGCUGACCACCGCGGAUUACUUAAGCAUUGUAGGUGUGCUUGAUCUGUGCUGUGACUAUUUGAGAGAUAAUUUAGCGCCGGAAAAUUGCAUCGGAGUGAUGAGAUUCGCCCGUCAACAUUUCUGCAAGAAAUUAGAAAAUGACGCUUACCGUUUCAUUGUAGGACACUUCGUCGAGGUAUCGCAGAGAAGCGAAGAAAUUUUACAUUUGCCUAUCGAAGAACUGAAACCGUUAGUCGGCGCUGAUGAAUUAAAUGUUAAAAGCGAGCAGACAGUUUGGGAGUUGGUUCUGAAAUGGAUAAAUCACGAUCCAGAAUCUAGGAAGGAUUAUAUUGUCGAUCUAAUGAAGAAUAUUAGACUCGGUCUCUUAGACACGCAGUUCUUUUUGGAGAAUGUCAAGGAUCACCCUUAUGUCGUGGGCAACGACGCAUGCAGACCCAUUAUUAUCGAAACUCUGAAAUUCUUGUAUGACUUAGAAAUGAUCACUCAGAAAGACGGAGAAGUACCAACACCGGAAAUUGCACGACCCAGAGUCCCACAUGAGAUUCUGUUCGCCAUUGGUGGAUGGAGCGGUGGCUCUCCGACAAAUUAUAUUGAGACAUACGAUACAAGAGCAGAUCGAUGGAUUCCGAUUGAGGAAACAGAUCCGACUGGUCCGCGAGCUUAUCAUGGACUUGCGGUGGUUGGUUUCGAUAUUUACGUCAUUGGGGGAUUUGACGGCGUCGAUUAUUUCAAUAGUUGCCGUUGCUUCAACGCGGUGACCAAGGUGUGGCGAGAGGUUGCUCCCAUGAACGUUAGAAGAUGUUAUGUUAGCGUGGCAGUCUUAAACGAUCUAGUUUAUGCAAUGGGAGGAUAUGAUGGAUAUCAUCGACAAAAAACGGCGGAACGUUAUAAUUACGAGACAAAUCAAUGGUCCCUCAUUGCAUCAAUGAAUGUGCAGAGAUCUGACGCGAGUGCAACGACAUUAAACGAUAAGAUAUAUAUUACGGGCGGUUUCGAUGGACAUGACUGUAUGAAUACAGCCGAGGUAUAUGAUCCAAGCACCAACCAGUGGACAAUGAUAACAGCAAUGAGGUCACGUAGGAGCGGCGUGUCGUGCAUAUCUUAUCACGGCUGUGUUUACGUUAUUGGAGGCUUCAACGGAAUAUCGAGAAUGUGCAGUGGGGAAAAAUAUAAGCCUUCUACGAACAGCUGGAGCCAUAUUCCCGAUAUGUAUAAUCCGCGUAGCAACUUUGCCAUUGAAGUUAUUGAUGACAUGAUUUUUGCUAUCGGUGGUUUUAAUGGUGUUACUACAACAUACCAGGUGGAAUGUUACGACGAGAAAACAAACGAAUGGUACGAGGCGACAGAUAUGAAUAUAUGCAGAUCAGCACUGUCGGCCUGCGUGAUUAUGGGUCUUCCAAAUGUAUAUGAUUAUAUUCACAAGCAUCGUGAGCGCUUGAUGGAGGAAAAGCGCCAAAAGUUAUUGGCUCACGAAGUACGUCGGAGUCAACAUCAGCAACAGCAACAGGAGCAGCAGCAGUCGAGGCAAACCUCGCAACUCGGUCAAAUCAUACCGACACCACCACCUCUACCACGCUAAUAAUAAUUAGCAAAAAUGAAAAUAAUAAUAAUUGGCAGUACUAAAACCAAACAUCAUUAUUAAGUAAAUCCGCCGUGUAACAUUUGUUUCAUUUUAUUAAUUUGCAAUGGAAAUUUUGGAUUAUUGCCAGACGCAGCAUGAGAUGGCGAUCAAAAGAAUGAGGGCCAACUGAUUAAUUGUCAGAAGCACAGAGAGAUAGCUGUUUAUAUAUAUUUGCCAAUGAUUAUUUUUAUCUAUACACUCACGAAGAGAAUAUUUUAUUAUAUUUAUAUAAUUUUCAGACUGCCCUUUACUCAUCUUUGUUAAGUUAAAUUUUUUUUGAUACUGCAGAUAUUUCUAUUGAAACUUUUUGCGAUUUUACACAUGCUAUAUAGUGCCAUCUCAAAUAAUUAAAUUAACUAAGAUAAACAAAGAAAUAAUUUAUUCUUUUCCCAUUUUAAAGACUAAUGGGUGCCAGCCGAUACUCCGCUAGCCUAGCAAUUUAAUCCAUUAGGUCAAAGGAGAGGAAACGAGCGAAAACG